AUGGAUGUCAUUUGCGGCUCGGAAAUCACAUUUUCCGAUGGUUUCGCGCCGAGACCAUCGCGUACAUUCGUUUUAAAAACGCACGCACCAUUACAUACUAGCGGCUAUGACGCACCAUCAUCCGGUGGAAUAGCAACAUUUCCCGAUCAUUGCUUCUACGCCGACCGAUUUUUCGUCUGGCGAGCAAUCGGCCAAAAACUCUACAUCGAAGAGCGUUCGCUUCUCUACACUCUAAACGACAAUUCGCUAUGCAUCGAUUUCUCGAGAAGCCCAAUUCUACCAGGCACCUCGAUCACCAUUUUCCAGGAGAACAUCCUGUCAAUCGUCGUCCCAACCGCCGCCUCAAUUCAUCGAUUUUACGCAAGACUAACAUUCUCAAAAAACAACGACACGUUUUCGAUAAUUUCCCGCCUAAAUGAGGAGGAAAUGAUCAGAAGGUAUCAUACCGCGCAUGUCAUUACCACAGUGGGCCGCCCGUUGCGCGCCAGUGUAACCCAACACGUCAAUCAGAACGCCGUAGCCUACGUGACCGCCGAAGGGCAAAUCAUUCUCAUCACAUUGAAUGCUUUCGAUGACGUUGCCGACAAGCACGAGGAGGUCACUCUCGGUGGCUCUGGGCUCUUCAAUCGGCUUCUCGGAAAUUCGUCCUCAAAUCUGUUCAGCGAUGCGUGUGCCAUCAAAUGCCCCAAAAUGGCCUACGCGAGUCAGUCGGGAAUCGCCUCCGACGUCGUGUUCGCCGUCACCCGAGACGGUUGGGUUCAAUGCUGGAAUGUUCAUACGAAACGUCAACUCAACGCCACGCUGGAUUUAAAGGAGCAUUGCUCGUUUUUGCACGUUCGCAAAUCGCACGCCGACGACGGAGAGGCUUCGAGUAAUGCUCAAUCGGUCACCGAGGUCAAUUACACGAUCAAAGCGUACCGCGAGAAUCACGACGUGCUUCUCGUCAUCGGCUGCGACAUCAGCAUUCCAUCGAACGAGCGCGGAUUGCCGGUGUCGGCCGCCACCGUACAUCUCGUCAAAGCGACGCAUGAUCGGCUCAUUCAUCUCGUCUCCUACGACAAAAGCAGCUCGACGAAAAAGGAAUACGUGAUUCGGCGCGUCUCAUUGGCGAUUGAUUGGAAUCGCUCGAAAUGCUACACACAAUUCGGAUGGCAUGAGAUUAGCAAAUUCGGCGACGCUCAAUACAAUCAGCAAUGCCAUAUUAAAGAAAGCGAUGAUGACGAGAGCGCGGUGAACACGCCGUAUGGAAUCUGCCCGGAAUCGGGUGUUGAAGCGCUCACCGACGAGAUAUUCAACACCGAUCGUCAUUCGUUCAACGUCGUCCAUCGCGCGGUUCAGAUUGUGUGCGACGCGGUGCGCGGUCAGGCGAUCCGCUAUGGCGAUUGGCCGGAGCUCGCCGAUCACGUCAACGGCUAUUUGACGUCGUCGGAGUUCUCGCGCAAAUAUCGAAUGCGAACCGAGAAGGGUUUGCGAUUGAAGUUCGGCGCCACACAAGAGGCCGAGAUGAUGGCGAAAAAGGCGUUCUGGUGGGAAUUGCUGAAAGCGUGCGAGGAGCUCGAGCACGCGUCGCGUGGUGUCAUCGCGAUUGCCGCGUUUCAAAUCGAGAAUGAUCUCAAAAUGACGGCGGUCAUUCAUAAAGAUCGAUUCACGCUGCUCGGCGACAACAAUUUCCAAUAUCUCGAGCAUUUGCGCCUUCGGCAUUCGGGCGUGUCGGCGACGCUUCGCGACAAAGUCGCCGAAGAGCACGGCAUUCCCGUCGACGAGAAAUUGGUGUGUCUCAUCGACGAAGCGGCGGCGAUCGCCGACAAUCGCGUUCGAUUAAUGAAUCGCGAGAAGAUUCGAAACGCGAUCAAACGCGUUGGUGGCGCGCUACCCGAAGAGGAUCUGAUUGGCUAUGAGAACGGCUAUGAUUACGAGAGUGACGGCUCGAAUAUCAAGGUGCCAGCGGUUUACGAUGGUCCCAUUCAGCAGCUGGCUGAGGAAUUUGUGAGGAACGCCAGCUAUGAUACCAGUCGGCCGUUUGGCAACACGAGUCGAUGCAUAUUUGCGGGUAGCUUCACUCAGAGUCUCGUCGCCGCCAACAUAAAGGGUCUCGUCGAGAAGCGCGUUCAUUUCGCGUUGACACUUCGUGCGCUUCUCACCGCCAUCGGAAAUCGAAUGUCGGUGGCGGCGACGUUUGGCGACAAUGAGAUGCUGCGAAUCGAGUUGCGCGAGAUUAUUCGGGUUUAUCGCGAGCUCAUUGAGCAAUUGGAUAUCAUUGUUGACAUGAAAGGCACGAAAAUGUCGCUUUGCUCGUGGUUGUUCGCCGAACGCGACGGUCUCGAAGCGGCGCGGAAUCAAGGCGGCUAUGCCGACGAAGAAUCGGCGAUACCCGAACAGGAUUAUAAUUCGUUUGUUGGCGUCACGACGGAGCACGCGCUUCGCGCGACGCUCUCCUCGACGGAAAUUUUGUUGAUCGCGCGACGACUUGUCGAGAAGCGCCAAUUUGGUUAUUUGAAGAUGAUAAUGACCAAUUAUGUCAAUGAGACGAGGGCCCUUCAGCCGGUCAUCAUGUUCUAUCGUGGAAUCGCGUACUCCGGAAGCGAUCAUCCGGCAAAAGCCUAUGCGGCAUUUGAAGGGGUUCUCGAGGCUUAUAAGGAAGGGAACACGGCAUUGCGACGAGCGGUCCACUAUUUUCUUCCGCGUGCGUUCAUCCCGAAACAUUCGGGCGAUCCGUUGGAGCAGAUGGGCGUCGGCGAGUUCUAUCAGACCGUCGUGCGCUUCUUGAACAUGCACCAUCACAGCGAUGAGGUUGUCACGCUGUCGAUGAAGGCGAUCGAUUCGCUGCCGGUCGAGGACGAUAGUGUGCAAUUGAUUUCGAACACGCUGUUCACGCAGCUCACCGCGCGAAAAGAAUGGACGACGGCGCUGAAGUUGGUGCUGCGAACGACGCUCGACGGAGCGACGCGAACCGCGUCGAUUUGCGAACUCCUCACACUGAUGAUGUCGUCGAAUCAAUGGGAGUCGAUUGCGACGAUGGUCUACGGGAUUCACGAGGGCGUCGUCGAGGAUUUUCUACGAGAGAAAGCGUCUCGUGAGCCGGUCACCGAGAAGCCGCAUCCCUAUGAGCUCAUUUAUGCGUAUUAUGUGGCGAGAAAGGAUUAUCGAAUGGCGGCCGCUUCGAUGUACGACUUUGCGUCCCGCAUCUUGAAUCACGUGCCGAUGAGCGAGAUGCUGUUGAGGCGACGACGCGACGCGCUCGCCUCGGUUCUCAACAUGCUUGACGUGCUCAGCAUCGAGCCCGACGAGAACAAGGAGGUUUUCGAUGAUUAUGAGGACACGAAUUUGGUGUUUCCGUUGGCGUCGGCGAUCAAUUGCGGCGAAUCGAGCGAAGACGAGGAGGAGAGCGACGGGCGGCGGCGAUUUGCGCGCAAACCGUUGACCGCCGGUUUUUUGAAGCCGUCGGGAUUCGCGAAUCAGCCUGUCGACGACGACGACGCCGACGAGAUGGAUGUCGAUUCGGGCAAAGAGAAUCGUGUGCCGUUCACCGGAUUUGAGUUGAAGAAUCGCAAAAAGUUGAAGGUUUUGACGAUGAAAGAAAUUUACAACGAGUUUCUCAUUUGCUCGUCGCGUGUCGGACUAUUGGCGCCGGGUGUUUCGAGCGGCGUUCCGCCGGUUGAGCCGAACGAGCUUCUUCAGGCGCUCAUUGAUGCGCAGCACUAUGAUUCGGCGUUUGAUAUUGCCAGGCAUUUUGAGCUCAACCCGCAAAAUAUGUACUUUUCGCUGGUCCGCGAGGCGAUCAUGAUCGAUUCGCUGGACGACGAUGUUGUGAUUGAAGCGGCGGCGACGAAACUCGGCGGAUGGGUUCGAGUCAAUCGGCGGCAUUGCAAUGCGGUCGCGACAAAGGACGAUCACUGGUCGGUUGUACGCGGCCUUCUCGACGCCGCCCAACUCGAAUGGCCGACGGAUUCGCGGGCGUUGCGCGGCGCCGCCGAGGCGUUCCUCUCGCAUCGUGUUCCGGUGCCGUUGUGGCUUCACACCGUCUAUGAAAACUCGGACCCUGGAGAUUAUUUGAGAUGUCUGGUUGACUACGAGAACUUCCAAACGGCGUUCCAAGUGGUCAUCGAGCUCAUUGAUCGCGAAUCAUGCAAGGUGAAAUCGACGGAUGAUCGAACGUGGCUGCCGUAUGCGGCGAUCGACGAUUUGAUGAAAUUCAGCGCGGCGAAGACGAACCGAAUGGCGGAGAGUCGGGAUGUAAAGCAGCAGCAGAUUCGAAAUGAGCUCUUAAAGCUCCGCAAAAUGGCUGAUGAGAAAUUGGUGCAGUAUUUCAAAAAGGUUGAAAAUUUCGAGAAGGCCCACCAAAUGACGCUAACAUUCAUGCGAUAA